AGGCCGCGGCGCUUCGCCAAGGCGACGGCUGUGUUUACAAGCGGCCGCGUCCUCCCUCUGCCCCCGUUAUCACCCCGCCCCGUAACUGUCCCGGAGCUCCUCAGCCGCCCAGUUCCGUCCUCUGCUCCGUUUUAAAGCCAUGCCUGUGCGCUGGAAGGGAUUGAGUGAGUACAAGAGGAACUUCAAAUGGAGGAAAUCGGCUCAGUCUAGGCUUUGUAGCUCUGCACCUGAGCAAAAAUGCAGAUGGGCUGGACUUCGAUCGGAUGAGCUCGGAAUUGCAAGAGAACCCAGUUUUAUUUCUAAGAAAAGAGCGCCUUAUCACAGCACACAGAUUUCAAAGUCCUUUGAAUGGUUUGGGGACAAUAAUUCGGAGAAAGAUACGUCAUCAGAAUAUGAAAUCCACCGGCCACUGGAGUUGCGCACAAAAGAUAGCAAAGAUUAUGUAAAUCAGGAUAAUAUUAAAACACCUGAUGCACCCAGGCUUCCUGAAAAGGUGCAUUCCAGCUCUGCAAGUUCUAGAUCUGAAUCGACUGUAGCUCUUGAAGAAAGCAAGAUGCCACCACCCAAAACAAUAGGGCAUAUAAACAAAAAACCACUAUUUACCAAAAAGGAAUUGGGAGAAAAAGACGGUGAGCUUAACAGAGUUUUGCAGAGGAAAGCAGGCCUGAAUAUUCCAUGGUCAAGUAGCUUCCCUAGAAGCUCUGAGUAUCAACGGCAAUUUAUUUGGAAAACCCCUCAAAAGUUGUCUCCAGUGCUUGCAGCAGACCAGGUUAUACACAGUUCAAGUAAAUCCAUCCCUCCAUAUAAGUCUCCUGUCAUUAUUCCUGAAACUGAAUAUGAAAGGAGUUUCAAAGCUUCACCCCCUGUGAAAGAACUGAAACAGAGAUGCUGUUUGGAGGAGAAAGAAUGUCCUGUAUCUGAACCUGUAGAAAUUUCAUAUGGAGAAAAGAAAAAGAAAAAGGAAACAUUUUUGAAGACUGCAGAAGAGCAACCAAAGCUAAGCAAAUUGGAAACAAAGCCGAAACAACAUAAACAAAAACAUAGGUUACUUGGCUUACAUAGAAAUAUUAAGAAAAUGAACACAGAAUACAGUUCAAAUUUCUUGUCUCCAGCACAGUAUAUGUACAAAGAUGGAGCCUGGUUACAUAUCAGGGGGAAAAAACCUGAUCAGGGUUCUCAAAACACCCUAAAUACCAUGUGGUAUAUGGAGGUGAAAGAACUUCGAGAGAAAGCAGAGGGCUACAGGCGAAGGGUCCAGGGAACCCACUUUUCCAGAGAUCAUUUAAAUCAGAUUCUUUCAGCUAACAACAGGUUUUGGGAUUUGUCCUCUAAUUCCAGUGCUGAAGAAAUCAUUAGCAACAAUGUCAGAGCUCUAGAUCUUGCAGGGGUCCGUGAGAGAAAGCUCUUCCCACAUCCUGAAUUGCCAAAACAGUUCCAGCUGAACAACACUGGGAAAUUAGGCAUGUCAGAUGCUGCCACUGUUCCAGUCAAACAGCGUUUGGUUUGGGACAAACCAGGCAAUGAUGAGCAACUGGAAAAUCAGUCACCAGCAUUAGAGGAAGAAGAGGGGGCGAAACGUAAGCCGGAACCGGAAGAGAUUGAAGAACUGGAAGAAAACGAUAAGGAUGCCAAUACAGAUGGCCAGCAAGUAGAAGAAAACAUGAAUUCUCCAGGUGAUAGUGCAGAGUCUUCUUUGGUAUCCUCACGAGAGGGUGGCAGGCUUCCUACUCCACAGCUAAGGGCACUUGGUGGAGCCCAAAGAACACAUCAUGACCUUACAACACCAGCUGCUGGAGGUGCUGUUUUAGUAUCUCCUCCAAAAGUGAAGUCUUCAUCCUCGCUGCACGUGAGGCAGGGGUCUUCAGAAAAGCAUGCCUUGGCAAAUCAAAUCUCAAGGGAAGAUUUGAAAAGAAAAUCUAACAAGGAUGAAGAGGAUACACCACUGAGUCCUUCCCCAGCUGCUGGGCUGAAAACUGUGGAUCCUUUGCCCCUGAGGAAAGAUCAGUGGUUCAGCCGAGAUUCGUCUGGUGCAAGACGCUCUCCAGCUUCAGCAUAUUCACGGCAGACAACAAAAGCUACUUGCUUAAAAUCAGCCAAGGAUCCUUCUCUGCCCCAUUGGAAUCCAUCAUGCCGCAUUCAAGGAAUGCUCAGAGAUCCUGAGUUUCAGCAUAAUGGCGGUGUUGCAAGCCCCAAAAGGAGCUGGAUGCAAUUACCACUUCAGGAGAGAAACUAUAAUGAUGAAGAUGAUGAUGACCGAUUGUCCCAGCUAUCUGCUCGAUCUGCUGCUUCUAGUUCACUGGCAUCUCAGGUUCUAGAACGAGCACAGAGGAGAAAGGAGAACUUCUGGGGCAAUAUGUGAUUGUGUUCAGCUGUACCCCCGAAUUGUUUUGGUAUUUUAAUACCAAUUUGUGAGAAUUAUUUGAGGCUGAAUUCUGGUUGUUUGCACUUACCACUUUGGUUAAAGGGUCCCAUUAUAGGAAAUGCUGGAUAUUCACAUCCCUUUAUCUUGGAUAGGACAGGGAUAGAUGACCUGUGAUCCUCUGGGAGUUUUUGCAUGACAUCUCCUCUCGUCCCUAGUCAUUGGCCGCACUGGCUGGGACUGAUGAGAGCUGAGAGUCCAGCAACAUCUAGAGGUCACAGGUAAGGUACCUGCUGGCAUGGGUUCUGGGAAUGCACAACCUGUCUGAGAUUUCAGCUCUACCUCAUUUGGUCACAAAUGUUUUUAGCUACAGCAGUGUCAGUUUUGUUCAAAUGGCAUUAUAGAAGAGAAGUGUUGCCAUGCUACAAUGUGUUCAUCUUCAUCAUCCAUCACAAAGUGUAGAUCGUCAAGUAUUCCCAGUGAAGUAAGAGUAAAUAACAUGAAGCAUGAACCCAGGUGUAGGUUGCCAGCAACCUUCAUUAAUUCCUGACCUCAGCAUCUCUUCUGGCACUCACUGAGCCCCAAAAUCCUUUAAUCCCACCCAUCAUAUUCAUAUAAAUAAUUAAGACUCCUCGUGUCAGAUUCAUUAGCACUGAUCUUUAUCCUCCAAUGCAGUCUUGGCAUUUAUCCAAAGCUAUUAUGGACCUAACAUGAUUUUUUUUGACUUGGUUAUGUCUGUGCAGGUUCCAGCAGCAUUCAAUGUGGCUUCCGUGGCUGCCUUGGCAAUACCAACCUGAGUCAGUUUUCAUUAUGAGAGUGCCAAGUAAGAUACAGUCACAAAAGUUACUCUCAUGACCAAACACCACAGCAUCCUGUUAUUUUGGUUCUGUCCUCAAUAUACAUUUUCAGGGUCACUCCCCUUCACCUGCUAGCAGUUUUAUCAUAAAGACGAAGCUAAAUCUCAGUCCAUAAUACUCCAGGUAAUGAAUAAUACUCAAGGUAAUGAAGCCCAUGAGCAGUAUCUGAACCUAAGUGUUCUUCAACAUUUCACAGAAGGAAAAGUUAUUGGCAGUCUAUGAGCCGGACAAAGAUUUGUUGCCAUCCAUUCAUCUAGUGGUUGUUUGAGUAGUUGUUUAAAAGUACAUUUUAAACAGGCUUCUCACUUGGAUUGCGACAGCCAUCGGGGGCAAAGAGUUAAAGCUGUGCUGUCCCACACCAAUGUCCCACCUGCAACUUAUUUUUUAAAAUGAUUCAUAUAAUUGCUAAUUGUGUGAAUAGAAUAGUGCCUCGUUUGGCCCUAGUUGUAUUUAAAUCACAGUUGUGUUUCUCAUGGUAAUUUUCAGGUUUGUACACAUGAUCACCGUUAGCCAUAUUGAUGACAAGAUCAGUUUUAAAUGUUGUAUUUAGAUCACCACAGUGGAUUCUUUUCAAGACUCAGGGAAUUGGAAAGAACUGAACUUGAUGACAAUGCAAUGUUGUCUCGCUGUGCUAUUUCAGAAUUAUUAGCAUUGUGGAAAGAUUUUAAAAGCUAAAAUGGGUUUAUUCUUUCACAAACUGGCCCACAGCAUUUUAACAUUUAACAGCACUGUUUAUAAAGAAGUGAUG